GUUGAGUUUUUCGCAACAUGUGUGGGCUGCGUACCUGUUUUUUGUGCCUCGUCGUUGCAUUCUGCCUCCUCUUCGGAGUGUCCCACUCCACCAACGAGUCCGUUUGUGUCCUGAGCAAUGCGCCGCAGCAAUGUGGCGCCUUCUGCCUGGGAGCAGUGCAUCCACUGUGUGAUCAGUACGCCAAAUCCAAGCAAGAGGAGGCAAUAGUUAAGAUCAUAGCGGAUUCUCGGGCUGAGCAGAAGGAGCUCGUGGUGAAGCUGAUAGCGGAUUCUCGGACUGAGCAGAUGGAGCUCGUGAAUCACAGCAAAGAGAUGGUGAAAAUUAUAGCGGAAUCUUGGGCUGAGCAGAAGGAGGAAAUGGUGAAGCUGAUAGCGGAAUUUCGGACUGAGCAGAAGGAGCUGUUGAAUGUCCUUGUGGCGAAUCCUACCGCGAGCAGACUUGAAUCCAUCUUGCAGAGCAUGCCAGUUAGACUGUCGCCUGCGUUGCAGAAGAUUGGAUCCAGAUACUUUCUCAUAGAAUAUAAUGAGAGGAAAUCCUGGACUGAUGCCGAGGAAACCUGUCGCGAAAGGGGCGGUCACCUGGCAGCCUUCCGAACCGAAGACGAGCUUGAAGCCGUCACAAGAAUCGUCAAUAAAUAUACCUCCUUCUGGCUGGGUUACCAUCGAAAUAGUGAGGACGAAUUCGUGACGGCCGCCGGAAAUAAAGGAUCGUUUAUGAAGUGGAAGUCUGGACAACCCGACAACUUUGGUGGCAAGCAGAACUGCGUUGGCCUGCACAAAUCAAGCAUGUAUGAUGAGUAUUGCGAUAAUACCCAGGCCUUCAUUUGCCAGCUGGACAAGGUUUAAUAAAGAUAAAGAUAAUACGUAUAUAUCUAUACAUAAUUAUUUGUCAAAUGCUCUGCAAAUUUGACUGCAGAGAGUAAGAACUGUUUUCGUGCAAACACUUUCUUAUUGGGUUGGAUUGAUUAACACAGAAUUAACCAAAUGCAUGCCAUAUAAAGCAA